CCUCCCCCCACCCCCGCCUACCCCAACGAGGAAUGCAUGCAACUGCUUCCAUGCUUUUGAUUUCCAGGAUACUAAAAAACUGCGAGGGUGCGACUCUCAUCUGAUCAAAACUCUCUCUCGUUCCAGUUUCCUUGCGGUGCUCCGGGUUGGUUAUAGGAGGCGCCUUCUUUAUCAGUUACACCCCGCAGCCUCGUUCCCAGAGCUCAGUCAGACCAUCUGUGUCCCCUUGCCAUCGCGCAGCCAUGAACGUCCUCAAGCUCCAGAGGAAAUUUCCUCAAUUCCAGCAGAAUGAUAUCUUCUCUCUAGCCGACGCCUUCCGCAAGCUCGAUGUGGAGGACAAGGGGUACAUCGACGAGGCUACCGCCAUUAAGGCAACCCAGGCGAGCGAGCGCCAGCCCUACGAUGUAGUGCGCCAGGCUCUCAAGGAGGUUGAACUCGACUCGUCCAGGCGAGUUGAGCUAGAAGACUACGUCGGGCUUAUUGCCAAACUCCGCGACUCUUCCGCCGGCUCGCAGCGGGCUUCCGCUGCCGCAACCUCUUCACCCGCUGCCGUUAUCUCACAGCGGACAGGCGGUGGUCAUGCUUCCAAGGGGAGCAUUGGCGGGGGCGGCAAGAUCUUCGUACAAGGUUCGAAUGCUAACAUUACUCAUACCAUCAACGAGGACGAACGCACUGAAUUCACUCGACACAUCAAUGCCGUCCUUGCCGGCGAUCCCGACAUUGGUCGCCGGUUGCCGUUCCCAACCGACACCUUUGAGAUGUUUGACGAGUGCAAGGACGGUUUAGUUCUUGCGAAGCUCAUCAACGACAGUGUUCCCGAUACAAUCGAUGAGCGAGUACUCAACAUCCCGGGGAAGAAGACCAAGAAUCUCAAUGCCUUCCAAAUGACGGAAAACAACAAUAUUGUUAUUGAAUCGGCAAAGGGCAUUGGCUGUUCAGUAGUGAACAUUGGCAGCGGGGAUAUCAUCGAGGUCCGGGAACACCUUAUUCUUGGCCUAAUCUGGCAGAUCAUCCGCCGCGGGCUCUUGGGCAAGAUUGACAUCAAGCUGCAUCCCGAGCUGUACCGGUUGCUCGAGGAGGACGAGACACUAGAGCAAUUCCUUCGCUUGCCGCCUGAGCAGAUCCUCCUCCGCUGGUUCAACUACCACCUAAAGGCCGCCAAUUGGCCCAGGAGAGUACAGAACUUCUCAAGCGACGUGAAAGACGGGGAGAACUACACUGUGCUGCUCGCCCAGAUCGGCUCUGAGUACGGCUGCACUCGAGCGCCUCUGCAGACGCGAGAUCUGCACCAACGAGCAGAGGAGGUGCUUCAAAACGCCGACAGGCUGGGAUGCCGCAAGUUUUUGACUCCCUCUUCCCUUGUCGCCGGCAACCCCAAGCUCAACCUCGCCUUUGUUGCCAACUUGUUCAACACGCACCCGGCUCUCGACCCCAUUACCGAAGAGGAGAAGCUCCAAGUCGAGGACUUUGAUGCGGAAGGAGAACGUGAAGCCCGCGUCUUCACCCUGUGGCUCAACAGUCUCGACGUGCAGCCCGCCGUACAAUCCUUCUUUGACGACCUUCGCGACGGCACCAUCCUGCUGCAGGCUUACGACAAGGUGAUCAAGGGCUCGGUUAACUGGCGACACGUCAACAAGCCUCCGGCGCAUGGGGGCGAGAUGCUCCGGUUCAAGGCGGUGGAGAACACCAACUACGCCAUCGAGCUCGGCAAGCAGAACGGCUUCUCGCUGGUCGGCAUCCAGGGUGCAGACAUCACGGACGGACAGCGUACGCUGACGCUCGGUCUGGUCUGGCAGCUGAUGCGCAAGGACAUCACGCUGACGCUCAAAGGCCUGGCGCAGCGACUGGGCAAGCGCGAGAUCACAGACGCCGAGAUGGUCAAGUGGGCAAACGACAUGAGCCGCAAGGGCGGCCGCAACUCGAGCAUCCGGUCGUUCAAGGACCCAGCCAUCGGCACAGGCAUCUUCCUUUUGGAUGUCCUCAAUGGCAUGAAGAGCAGCUAUGUCGACUACGACCUUGUCACGUCCGGCCGCACCGACGAGGAGGCCUACCUGAAUGCCAAACUCAGCAUCAGCAUUGCGCGAAAGAUGGGAGCAACCAUCUGGCUUGUUCCGGAGGAUAUCUGCCAGGUUCGCAGCCGGCUGGUUACGACGUUUAUCGGCUCGUUGAUGGCGACGUACGAGAAGAUGCAGUAAGCGGCGGGGAACAUGGGGGAUUAUGGGAUGGGUCGGCGGGCGGGUUCGAGCAAAAGUUGAUGAUCAAUGAGUCCAUGGUUCUGUUGCCUGUGUUUGAAGUAUUCGAGCCGUCGGGUUUCUUUGCGCCGUAGCUGUGUCAGUGAUGCUUCAAUCAGAAUAGGAGUUGAAUUGUGUAGGAACGGAGUAUUACCGGUAUGAGUCGUUCCGUCGCAGCGACAAGUAUUCUAAGCCUGACCUAGAGCUGAACCGAAUCUUAAGAAACUACCAUUCGGGUUCUAGAUUCGAUUAUCAGUACGUGUACUUGGCGAAAGAUCUUUGCAGGUCAAUUCAGGGUCUUUCAUCUGAUAAAUGGUCAGCCUUAUAGAGUCUAGACUCACUCCAUCCCGUAGUAUGAUAAAAAGCCGGUCUUCAUCCUGCACCUACGAUGCUUAGCAUGG